CUCAGAAGAUGAGGUGGAUGUGCUCUUACACGGCACUCCUGACCAGAAGCGGAAACUGAUACGGGAGUGUCUGACUGGGGAGAGCGAGUCUUCCAGUGACGAUGAGUUCCAAAAGGAGAUGGAAGCGGAACUGAACACCACCAUGAGGACUAUGGAAGGCAAAUGGAAAUCACCAGAAACGGAUACUUCUUCAAGUACUGGACCUGCCACCACUUCAAAAUACUAUGAUGACAUUUACUUCGAUUCUGAUUCAGAGGAUGAAGAUAAAAUGGUUACACAGGAUGUCCGGAAAAGGAGAAAACAACAGCAACGUCGGAUUCUUUCCAAUGAUGAGCUGUUAUAUGACCCAGAAGAAGACAGCAGAGAUCAAGCAUGGGUAGACUCACAGAGGAGGGGGUACCGUAAUCAAAGAAGAGUGCCGCAGCAGCAGCAGCCAAAACCUUCAGCUGUUCCAAACAGCGAUGCUGUUUUGAAUUGCCCUGCUUGCAUGACAACGUUAUGCCUGGACUGCCAGAGGCAUGAAUCUUACAAAACACAGUAUAGAGCAAUGUUUGUGAUGAACUGCGUUGUUAACAAAGAGGAAAUUCUGAAAUACAGAAAGAAGCUAAAGAAAAGAAGUAAGAAAAUGAAGCACAGCAAAGAUUGUACCUCCAUACAAUCAAAUGAAGAAGAGGAGGAAGUGUAUCAUCCAGUAUUAUGUACUGAAUGCUCAACUGAAGUGGCAGUAGUGGAUAAAGAUGAAGUUUUUCACUUCUUCAAUGUUCUAGCCAGCCACUCCUAAUGUGCAAAAGCGGGGGGGGGGAAUCCUGCACUGUUCUAAGACUGUGUGAAGUAUCAGAAAUGCAGACAUGUUCGCCUUUUCUAAAUACGGUCUCUUAAAUGUACAUUUCUGUCA